AUGAUGGCCCGCCCGGAGGAUACGACGAAAGCUGCACAUUCACUACGAAGUGAGACAAGCACGGAAGACAUGACGGGAACGCCUGGCUCUAGCUUUUCGUCUGUCGGUUCAAUCAUCAGCGCCCCGUCCAGUAUUGACGACGAACCCGAGGUCUUGCAACAGACCGCGAAGAAAACAAAGGAUGUUAAAAAUGAUGCUGGUCGGGACAAUGCGUCGAGGAAGUUAACGCCAGAGGAAACGAUUGAAUUGACACGGGAGGCAGUGGACAGUGGAAUUCAAGAGACGAAGCGUUCUCUAGCCGGCAAUGAGGAUGUGAGCGAUGUGGUCAGGCCGAAAUUGACAAUCGACCUCGGCCAUUCGCACAUUGCCCAAAUUCCGGAGGGAGUGGUGGACAUCAUUAAAGAUGAAGUGGAAAGGCUUUCAUUAUCGAACAAUCACCUUCUUCAUAUACCUUAUCGUUUUGCAGAAUGCGGCCAUCUACGCUACCUGAAUAUUCGUGCGAACAGUUUCCGCGAGUUCCCAAAAGGGAUCUACAAGUUGCCAUUGCUCGAGAUCCUAGACCUGAGCCGAAACAAAAUAAGCCGAAUUCCCGACGAGGUGCGAAAGUUAACAUCGUUACGAGUCUUUUCAAUUAUGCAGAAUCGCCUAGACGACCUCCCGGUUGGACUUGCAGAUAUGAACAAAUUGCAAAUUCUCAAGGUGUCCGGCAAUUUUUUAAAGUUUCCCUUGCGGAGGAUUCUUGAAAACAAAGAAAAUGAAGUCUCUUCUUUGACAACGUCAACAAACGAGAAGGAGGCUAUGGUUACCGCCGAGCUGAAGCGCUUUUUAAAAACCCGACGACAGAACGCAACGCCGGAACCCGAAAGUGGUAGCGAGGCCAGCGAAGUCAUGAUCGAUACGCCCAAGCCUGUCAAACGUGGUGCCAACGUUCGCUUUCCAGUAAUUCCGAGCACUGGUGACGGUUCAUCAGACCCACGGUCCCCAGUCAUGUCGAGACCACCUCCCAUUCCCAUGAAAUCGCAUCAGCGUCUGGCAUCUGGCCAGGGCUUUGGGUAUUCAAGACCCGGGAUCAACCCUUAUUCUAAUAGCUCCAAUGAGCGCAAUCGCAGCAAUAGCGAAGGCAUCAUUCCUUUAUCGGCACGGAACAAACGGAUGGGCUUAAUUUCGCGCAAGACAGACCUAGGCACAUUAGACGAGAUGCGACCAUACCGCAAUAGCCACCUGCGAGGUCUCAGCCAUGGCUCUCUUCUCCGAACCAAUUCGACAAGUGCACGCAAUAGCAGCAAUUCUCCUAGUCCAGGAAGCCCUCGUGGAGACCGUCGAAAAGCGCGUGACGGCCCUACACGACGCAUGUCGAGCCUCCUAGAGCAUAAGGAAGAGACAGUGCAUACACCCAUAGUCAAGGGUGCAAAGGGAAUACUAUUCGCGCUGUUUCAAAUCCACUCUCACAUCUCAACUUUGAUCAAUGUGAUUAAAGGAGAUGACGCACGACGGCACAGCUUGGAAAUAGUGUUCUAUAACGCAACGACACAUGUGGAGCAAUUGAAUGAGGCUCUGGAGAAUAUUGUCAUGAUAGACCCAGACAACCGAGACUUUGCAAGACUCGCAAGCGACGUCAAGCGUGAAUGCGUGACUUGUCUGAAGGCAUAUACACAUGUUGGCUCACAGUUGCGCCAAGGUACCCAACGAAUCGUCUCUCAGGGCGACUCGCGGUACGUUCGUUCGCUCAUGUUGACGAUAUAUGGCAGUCUUCUCGAGCUACGCAAUUCAUGUAUGAGUCUCGGGGCCUCGCUUGUUCCGGUCAAAAAGGGCCUGCCGGUAGACGACAGCCCAUCCCAACCUGAAGUUGGUCCUUCUAAUCGCAUGCCAACCAAAGCGGCUACGCCGCCAAGAGGAACACCUAAUCCAAGGAGUCGGCUUAGAAGCGAGACCAUGAUUCAGCACCCUCUAAACGGGCCGGCUGUCCCAUCCUUUCCAUCCUCGAUCCUUUCGCCUGGUGCGUCUAUGCCAAAUUCAGUCACACUCAACUAUGGAAAUCGAAGCAGGUCCAACAGUCGGACCGCUACUUUGUUGAACUCGGGGCCACCUUCGCUUGCAACGCCUCGGUCAGGUGAAUCCUUCCAACUCGUUUCCUCGACAUCUACAACUCGAAUCAACCCAGUCACCGGGUUAGAUGAGGUUGUUGAGGAACAGAUAUUCGAAAAGAUAUUCAAACAACUCACAGCGUCAUACAAUACUGCUCUCAAUGCCCUUCCAUCUGCCAGAAAUCAGUUUGCUCGUUGCUUAGAGGUUGCCGAACAGACUAGGGGGCCCGAGGAUGUUCGUUCUCUCUGGAACGGCCUCAUCCGUCGAUGCAAUGCGUGCUACGAAACAUCCGAAGCACUCGGGCAGAAACUAUUGACGAUGAAGGUCAAAGAGCCCGGCGGGGGCAUCAGGAACCAACGAGAAUUCUGGCAGUUAUGCAAGGCUUUCAUGCAGUCAUUUGUCGACCUGGUCACAGACAUGAGAGAAGUCCGGAACAUGCAGCUGCUGCCACCCGAUAUCGUCGCGAUACUUCGGCCAGUACAGAAAGCGAGUCGAGAAGCAGGCCGGUUAAUCGAGGCAUCUCCGUGGUCUUAUCUUGCAGACAUGAGCUCGAUACCUCCGCCUGCAAUCUACGGGCCCCCCUUGCACACCCAACAUCACGCAUCGUCUUCGUCAUCCUUCCUUGGUCCUGGCGGUCGAAACUUUAGCGCUUCUCCGCAAUCGUCUACGGUGCCUGCCACUCCUUUGAGUGCUGCAUUAGGGCCUGCUGCUCAAGCAACCAUCCCAUCAACCCCAGCCAGCGCUUACAGCGACCGGUUCUUCGCUGGGGAUGUUUUCCAACGUGCCGACACGUUGCUAUCCAUGCAGAACCAAGCUCCAUACUCAUACCGUCGAUGA